GUGGGAGGCAUUACAUUCGACGUCACUUCCUUUACUUUUCCUUCUCGAGACCUCCGGCAUCUUGUUUUUCGUCGCGUGAUACUGUUCGACUUUAGUUUCGUCAAUAAUUAGACAUGGCUUUCCGCGACAGAGACAGGGGGAGCAGGGGGAGAUUUUCUGGCGGUGGAGGCCGGGAUGACCGUCGCGGGGGCGGCGGAGGCGGAGGUGGUUUCGGCCGCAGUUCAUUUGGCGGCGGAAACAAGGGCAAGCAGCCUGGAGAACGGCUGAGGAAACCUAGAUGGGACAUGGAGUCCUUAAUGCCCUUCAGGAAAGAUUUCUACGUACCACAUCCUAAACUUCUUAACAGAACAUCAUUUGAAGUGGAACAAUACCGCAACGUUAAGGAAGUCACGGUGAAAGGGCGUGCUGUGCCUUUUCCCAACCAGUUUUUUGAUGAAGGCAACUUUCCUGACUACGUCAUGAAUGAAAUUCGCAGGCAGGGCUUCACUGAGCCGACUGCAAUUCAAGGGCAGGGAUGGCCAAUUGCCCUGAGUGGCAGAGACAUGGUGGGCAUUGCACAGACGGGGUCGGGCAAGACCUUGGCCUACAUUUUGCCAGCCAUUGUCCACAUCAACAACCAGCCUCGUUUGAAUAGGGGCGAUGGGCCUAUUGCCCUGGUGCUUGCUCCAACCAGAGAACUUGCACAACAGAUCCAGCAGGUAGCCCUUGAGUUCGGAUCCUCCUCAAGAGUUAGAAACACGUGCGUUUUUGGUGGAGCGCCAAAGGGACCACAGGCAAGAGACCUGGAACGUGGUGUUGAGAUAGUGAUUGCUACUCCGGGCCGUUUGAUCGAUUUCCUUGAGUGUGGAAAAACCAAUCUUCGUCGUUGCACCUACCUUGUUCUGGACGAAGCUGACCGCAUGCUUGACAUGGGCUUUGAGCCCCAGAUUCGUAAAAUCGUGGAGCAGAUCCGACCUGACCGACAGACCUUGAUGUGGUCUGCCACGUGGCCAAAGGAAGUUAGGAUUUUGGCCGAGGAGUUUCUCAAGGACUACAUUCAAGUAAACAUUGGAUCUCUGCAGCUGUCUGCCAACCACAACAUCUUGCAAAUUAUUGACGUAUGCCAGGAAUAUGAAAAGCAAAGAAAAUUGUUGCAGUUGCUCUCUGAAAUUGGUGCUGAGAAGGAGAACAAAACCAUUGUGUUCGUAGAAACUAAACGUAAGGUGGACGAAAUCACUCGUAGCAUCCAGCGUGACGGAUGGAAUGCCAGUGGCAUUCAUGGAGACAAAUCACAAAACGAAAGAGAUUGGGUUCUUGCUGAUUUUAGGACAGGAAAAAUAAACAUCUUAGUGGCAACAGAUGUUGCUGCCCGUGGACUUGAUGUGGAAGAUGUCAAAUUCGUGAUCAACUUUGAUUUUCCCAACUGCUCGGAAGACUACAUCCACCGAAUUGGUCGCACAGGACGCUCGGACAAGACAGGAACAGCAUAUGCUUUCUUCACACCAAACAACUCCAAACAGGCCAAUGAUCUGAUUUCCGUCCUUAGAGAAGCAAACCAAGUGAUCAACCCUAAGCUAUACGAGAUGGCCAGCAUGUCUAAAGGAAUGGGUCGCAACAGGUGGGGCGGUGGUGGAGGCGGCAGAGGAGGAGACCGCGGUUCUGGUAGAGGUGGACGAGGAGGCGGCGGUGGAGGAGGUCGUUGGCGCGACAAUUCCCGGGACCGCAAUCAGGGCCAGGGCCGCAUGGACCGAGGGCGACCAACUGGAGGAAAUUCCAACGGUAGUGCCUCGGGCAUGAGGAACGGACCUGGAGGACCACAACCGUUGAUGAGCAACGGUACCAAUGGGUCCACGGGAGGAGGCAGCUACUAUGCGGGAACUGCUUAUGGCACACGCAGCAAUGGAGGAGGGUUCAACGAGGGAUAUUAAAUUAAAUUUAUUUAAUUUAUUCGAUUUAACAUGAAAGAAGGAGUCUUUGUGAAAGUUCAAAUGGACAAUAUUUAGUUUUGAUCUAUGUUCUCUCUCUAUCUAUCAUUCCCAUCUGUGUAAACGUGUGUCGCUGCGAAACUUUGAAGUGCUGUUGUCUCACUGCAAAUCAUGAAUUUUAUUAUUUUUGAGAUUUUGGCUUUUACAACAGGCCAACGGUUUUAGUCUUGUUUCUUUUUAUUAGACAGAGCAAGAAACUUGCACAACUAUCAUUCAAUGAAAUAAAUGUAUUCAGUCGA